AUGAAGUUUCAGAGCGUCCUCUCCCUGGCUGCCUUUGGCCUCACUGCCAACGGCUGCACACUCCCGGGAGAAGAGGACGGUACCUUCGUUUACGAAAAGUACGUAGCCAGCAGAGCCGGCCUUCGUCAACGUCAAUCCUUCACAGAACUGCCCAUCGGCCAGGGCGACCGCUUCAACGGCGGCGAGAAGGCGCCCAUCGGCCUCGGCGUCAACGACCGCAACCUGGUCUCUAUCCUCAAUGUCGACGAAGUCAAGUCGGGCCUGCAGGGCCUCGCCGGAAAGUUUGACGACGUGGAGCUCUUCACGGCGCCGUACAAGACAUUUGAGAAGCGGGAGCUAUAUGGCGCUACUAUUGGUGCCGGGAACCCCCGCGUCUUCAUCCAGAGCGGCAUUCAUGCCCGCGAGCGAGGCGGGCCUGACAACGUUCUCUACUUCAUCUCGGACCUGCUCGAGGCGCGAGCUAAUGGCACCGGAAUCGCGUACGGCACCCAAAAGUACACGGCGGAUCAGGUCGAGACGGCGCUCUCGGCGGGCAUCGCCAUCGUGCCGCUCGUCAACCCUGACGGCGUCGCCUAUGACCAGAAGACCAGCACAUGCUGGCGCAAGAACCGAAACACGGCCAGUUCCGACGGCAGCAAGGCCUCGGUGGGCAUCGACCUGAACCGCAACUUUGCCAUCAUGUGGGACUACAAGCGCAUCUUCAACCCGAGCGCCAACAUCCGGAGCGCGGCGUCCGACAACCCUCGCAGCGAGGUGUUCCACGGCAAGGCGCCCCUCUCCGAGCCGGAGACGCAGAACGUUGCCUGGGUGCUGGACCAGAACAAGGACCUCUCGUGGUUCCUCGACCUGCACUCGUUUGGCGGCGACAUCCUGUACGCCUGGGGCGACGAUGACGCCCAGACGACGGACCCCAAGCAGAGCUUCACCAACAAGGCGUACGAUGGGAAGCGCGGCUUCAUCGGCCAGGACCCCGCCAACAGCGUCUACCGCGAGUACAUGGAGCAGGCGGACCUGGACGCCCAGCUGGCCCUGAGCAAGCGCAUGGGCGACGGCAUGAACCGCGCGGGUAAGAUCCGCUACGUGCCCAAGCCCAGCUCCGGGCUGUACCCCACGGCCGGCGGUAGCACCGACCACGCCCUGGGCCAGUACUACAACGGCACGUGCGGCGCCUCGCGCGUCCACGGCCUCACCAUUGAGUUUGGCAACGAGACGCCGUCGGACUGCCCCUUUUACCCGGACAAUGCUCGCUACCACGAGAGCAUGCGCCAGGUGGCCGUCGGCCUCAUGGAGCUGCUGCUUACGGCGGCGGGCAAGGACGGUGAGAAGAAGGUCCGCCAGUGCUGA